GGGAGGGACUCCCCCAAACACCCAAGGUCCCCCAAAGUGGAAAGUGUCCUCCAACCACACAGAAUUUAGUCACCUCUUGGCCCCAGGUACUCCCUAGAUGUGAGUGCCCUUUGGAUGGCAACUUUCUAGGACAAAGCUGUCUCUUGCUUGUACCCCAAUCUAGGUUUUCCUUCUGGGGAAGUUCCAUCUAACUUGCCUCCCGCUGUACUCUCUGAGCUCAGUCUGUCUCUCUCUAAAGUCGCACAUCCCUGCCUCUCUCCACCUGGGUCUGAGGGGUCUGGGAACUCUCGGGAGGGGUGUUUCCCUGUCCUUCCCAUGGUCUGUGUUUUGUCCCCCUGCCUCAGCCUAACGGAGCAGCAGAGACACCUCCUGCAGCAGCAAGAACAGCAGCUCCAGCAGCUCCAGCAGCUCCUCGCCUCCCCACAGCUGACCCCGGAACACCAGACCGUUGUCUACCAGAUGAUCCAGCAGAUCCAGCAGAAGCGGGAGCUGCAGCGGCUGCAGAUGGCCGGGGGCUCUCAGCUGCCCAUGGCCAGCCUGCUGGCAGGAAGCUCUGCCCCCCUGCUGUCUGCGGGCACUCCUGGCCUGCUGCCCGCAGCAUCUGCCCCACCCCUGCUGCCCGCAGGAGCCCUGGUGGCUCCCUCCCUCGGCAACAACACAAGUCUCAUGGCCGCAGCAGCUGCUGCCGCCGCAGCAGUAGCAGCAGCAGGCGGCCCUCCAGUCCUGACGGCUCAGACCAACCCCUUCCUCAGCCUGUCGGGGGCGGACAGCAGUGGCAGUGGCCCCAAAGGAGGGAAGCUGAACCAGAGGCGUGACAUCUCCUCCUGGCUGGCCAAAUGGUUCCCCAAAGCCCCAGCCAAGUCUGUGGUGGCCCUGAAAACACCCAUCAAGGUGGAGCUAGUGGCAGGGAAAACCUACAGGUGGUGUGUGUGUGGCCGCAGCAAGAAGCAGCCCUUCUGUGACGGCUCCCACUUCUUCCAACGCACUGGCCUCUCCCCACUCAAGUUCAAAGUCCAGGAGACCCGAGUGGUGGCCCUAUGUACCUGCAAGGCCACUCAGAAGCCCCCAUACUGCGAUGGCACCCACAGGAGCGAGAGGGUGCAGAAGGCAGAAGUGGGCUCCCCACUCUGAGGGGCGGCUGCUCAUCAGCCCCAGGCCUCUCUGACAGGCACCCCCUUUGUGGGGAAGGAAAGGGCGUGCCGAGCCAAAAAGUGAUCAUCCAGGGACCCCAGUACCCAGCUGGCUUAUAAAGGACUUACUCCCAUAGCCUGAAGUCUCUAACCUGGGGCAGCCAGGAGCAGGUCCCUGGAUUAGCACCUGCUGGUGGAGAAGGUGGCAUUAAACAAGCCUGCCCAUCCAGAA